UGAGAAAUUUGAAUCAGUUCAAUUUGAAAGUCUGAUCAGACUGAUAGUGACUUUGGACAAUUUUAAGUGCAAAGUUGAUUAUAAAACAGUUUCAAUUGGAUUAUUGAUGACAAUCUAAACAAGUUUUAUUUUUGCUCUGUUGUUAAAUUAAUUUUGAAAAAAUGACUCUCAACGUAUAUGGAACCAUUGGUUUAAUUGUGAUUACUCUAGCCUUAUAUGCAGUUACCGUUGAAGGUAAUUGUAUGGCAGGAAUGAGUAAAAUGAAUCCAAUCAAGAAAGCUGGUGGAAUUACAUACAAAGACAUGUGUGGUAAUUGUAAGUUGAAGGUAAAUCAAGCUGAUAUCAAGGCUGCAAUUGAAAAAGGAGGUAAACCAUUGUUGGAUAAAAUUGCAAGCUUGUUGGAUUGUAAAGAGAAAACCGAAUUGUCUGAAGGAUUGCUAUCAAUUUUUGCGACUUGUUUGGCUAAACUGCAGGAUGGUAAACCAAUGUGUGAAAAAAACACCUUCGAUGACUUUAGCCAAUGUGCUCAAGACGAAGCAAAGGCCAAGGAUAUCAUGAGAAAAGCAAUGGCUUGUUGUAAUAACCCUGGAUUCGUCGAAAUAUACAAAAUCGUAGAAUGCCUCAUUCUUGAAACAACGGGUGGAAUGAAGGAGAAAAAUUUGAUUGGCGAUAAAACAGUUGAGGAAUGGAAAAAGGCUAAACUUAAGUGUGAAGGUGCAGUUAGUGGUCAUAAGGAGUUACACGGGCUCUUGUUGGAUUACUUUAAAAAUUGUGCUUAAACGUUUUCGGAAACAAUCUCUCAAUAGGUUCAAUAUAGAUUGGAUGAAAAGUGCUAAAAUAAAUCGAACUAUUUUUCAAUGGAACAAACUUAGGUGCAACAUUUUCUCAGAAAUUUGAUAGGUAAAUAAUUUGAUAUCAGGUAUUGAAAAUAAGUGAUUCAACGGAAAGGUUACCAAAUAAUUGUGACAGAGGUAAUUUAAUCGAAUCAAAUUGUAUAAACUUUGAUAGAUAAUAAAUUAUUUAUGGACAAUUGAAAA